AUGGGUUCUUCAACCAAGAGAGAUCGUGCGGAUUUCGUGCCUCGGCAUGAGGGACGUCACGUACUUCCCAACGAUCCUUUCUUCAGUAGGUUGCUUCGACACGCUCGCCGUGGACGAAUCGCGAUCACAGACGCCCCAGCCGGAGUCACUGUGACCUACGGUCAAUUGCUUGAUGCCGUUCUGUCGUUCAGAGAAGUCGUGCAAGGAGCAAUACCCGUGGAAGGCCUCGAACGGCUCCAGGAAGGGCGCGAAGUUUACGUUGGAGUCUUGGCUGCUGGAGGAUAUGAAUUCACAGUUGCCGUCCUUGCUGUGCUGGCGCUCGGUGCGGCGGUGGUGCCUAUGUUUCCCGCGGCACCACUUGAGGAGCUCGUAUAUUAUGCUACGAAAUCAGAACAAGUAGCGAUCUUGUCGAGCGCUUCCACGGCCAAUCUGGCUCAUGCUGCUGCAUCCGAGUGCGGUCUUAAGCAUAUCACGGUCCUGCCACAUCUACCUACGCGGGCGUCGCUUAAGCCUAUAGACAUGACCAUCUCAUCGGAUCCGCCUCGAGAUCCUCGCAGUCCUGGGGUCGUCAUCUUCACCUCUGGAACCACAGGUAAACCGAAGGGAGUGGUACUUCGGCGAACCUACACCCACGAAGCGGCCCUUGCAAUUGGCGACGGAUACGAUAUUAGUGCUUCUGACGUCGUUCUCCACACGCUUCCUGUGCAUCACACUACUGGACUGGGUACCUCAUUCUUCCCGUUUCUCAAUGCCGGUGCGUGUAUCGAGUUCCAUGGAAAGUUUGACGCAAAGACGGUCAUGGAUCGUUGGCUGCAAGGCGGGUUGACGGUAUUCUCAGCAGUCCCUACAAUUUACCAACGCCUCAAAUGGUUCGUUGAGAAACUUCCACAGCAGCAGCAGAUCCCGUACAAGCAAGCUUCUCGCCAAUUUCGUGCCUUCUUGUGCGGAUCUAGCGCUCUGCAAGACAACGUACAGGAAUACUGGAGCAGCAUCCGCAAAACGCCUAUUUUGACACGAUACGGUGCCACGGAGAUACCUGGUUGUCUGAGAGUUCCAUAUGAUCCGACAAGCACUCCUAGGGGGUCCGUUGGACUGCCUGUUCCAGGAGUCGAGUUGAGGAUCUCCCCAGAAGGAGAGUUGCUUGUGAAGUCACCUAACAUGUUUGCGAAAUACUUGGCUGAUCCAGAAGCUACGUUGAAAGCACACGAUGACGAAGGCUGGUAUCGCACAGGCGACAUCGCUCGGCAAGAAAAUGGAUACUAUUUCAUCGUCGGGCGGGCGUCCGUGGACAUAAUAAAAUCUGGUGGCUACAAGAUCUCUGCCAUCGACAUUGAGCGCGAAUGUCUCACGUUGCCAUACGUCUCGGAAGCUGCUGUUGUUGGCGUUGAAGACGAGGAGUUUGGGCAGCGUGUGGGAGCCAUCGUCGUUGCUCAUUCGAUACCGGACCUGACACUCGCAAAGCUGCGAUCGGAUCUCAGAGGUAGACUUGCUGGCUAUAAGUUGCCGACAAUCCUGAGGGUGGAGAGAAAUGAGCUGCCCAAGACCGCCACAGGCAAAGUUCAAAAGAAGCUCCUUGGCCCAAAAUUGAUCCCGAGUCCAGGCUACCUACAGAUGUCUGAGGUUCAGGUGUGGAAGAAGACUGCAAACACUGGCAUUGUUCGGGCGAGGCUAUAG